UGCACAAUUGAAAUUCUGUAGCCUUCAAUGCCUUCGAUGCUGAAAUUUUGAGUUUUGACAAUCGCCAUGGACAGCAGCUGGCCUACCCCUUUCCCGACCGACAUGUUUGGUGAGGUGGUAGAAUACAACUCUGACAGGAAGAUCUUGGGAAACGUGGUCUUCCUGGAUUCCGAAUCGUUGGGCACAGGGCAGUAUGGAGAGGUAUACAACGUUGUAAUGCCCGCUGCACAACCAAUGGUGGCCAAGGUUCUGUUUUCCUUCCGUGACGGAGCGGAGCAGGUGUGCAAGGAGCUGAGGGUCUGCUCAAAGCUGCGACACCCAAACAUAGCUGCAUGCCUGGGCGCCAUGCAAACCAGGCUGUGGCCCCUGAUAUUUUUCGAGCGUGUCGACGGUAGGACACUCAGUGCCAUGGCUCGAGCUGCAGAUGACGAAAACACCACGCUGGACGAAAGUGUACUGCAGAGCGUCUUCAGCCAGGUGUUAAAGGCGCUCCAUUAUAUGCAGACAGCAAAGGUCGUGCACGGUGACUUGCAGGAAACCAACGUUAUGGUCACUCAUGAUGGAGUAGUGAAGCUCAUUGACUUCGGGCUCGCGGAAGAGCUGACGAGCGGUAAAAAGGCGCAGGUCAUCCGCCACAGAAUGUACGCCCACCCUCCAGAGCUGAACAUGGCAGAACUUGGCGGUAUUGACUACAAGCUGGAUAUCUUCUUUGUAGGCGCGAUGCUCUACCGCGUAAAGGUACGCCGUAGACCCUACGGAGACUUCCCCAACACCAACUACCUAGCUCAAUGUCAACUAGUCCAGAGAGGUGUCAAUAAGGACGGGCAACGCUAUGACCAGAUGUCGACAGAUCUGCAGUCAUUUGUCGAUGCCCUUACAGCGUAUGAAGCCGAUGCAAGGCCGGAGGCGUCGCAAGCUUUACUGCUUCCAUGGAUCACUGGGGCCAGAGAUUAUCAGCCUCCCCAGCUGCUUUCAUAUGAGCCAGAAGCAGCGUCUCCUAAGGACAUGGACCCUGCAAUCCUAACAAGAAUGGCUAACGAAACGUGCAGCAACCGUUGGAAAACAGCAAUGGACAUUAGUCGAUCCAAGAACAGUUGGCAGUCAAUUGCCUACCAAUCCAACGUGCUUCGCCAGCCCAGGCAGCCUUCUCCUCCGUUGUCGACCUCCGUGGAGAAUUCGCGUUGCCGGCUGGUUACAUCUGAGCCAGCAGCGUCUUCUCCAAUUAUUGUAAUCGGAGGCUUGAGUAGCACUGCAACAAGGGAGGUGGAAGCAGCGAAAGAGGACACUCAUGGCCGCUGCUCAUGCUGGCGAAGGUGUCUAUUCUUCUUCUGCGUGCGAUAUUAGUGAACAGCUUUGUUGUACCUUCCCACUGACAUACUUUCCCGAAUAAUUAUUUUCUUCAA